AUGAGUAAUUCAAAAGAAUCGCACAUCAAAUGCUGUUUUGUUGGUGACGAUAAUGUUGGAAUGACGUCUUUAAUUCAUAGCUUUAUGGGUCUGUUGUUUUCAGACAAAGUUAUACCAUUUCAAGAAGAAUUAAUAAUAGAACAUAUCUCUUUCAAUAACACAGACUUUGAAAUGUCUUACCGCGAAAUAAAAGAUGAUUCGGACCAAAGUCAGAAAUAUUUGCACGAAGCAAAUGCAUUAAUUAGCAUUUUUUCAUUUGACAUAAAGGAAUCCCUUGAACAUGCCAAUAAAUGGCUUUCUUAUGGAUGUAGGUUAACUGAUUAUUACUGCCGCGAAUAUCUCGUCGAAACAAAAUGUGAUUUACAAGAAAGGGUCUAUUCAUAUGAUGAAUAUUAUAAUAUUUCACAUUCAUCAAAUGCCAGUUACUAUGAAGUUUCGAACAAAACUGGAAGUGGGAUUAAACAAUUAAAAGAAAAUAUAAUUUCGACUUAUUACAGUGAUACGUUCAAACAAGAAAAGAGAAAACAAAAUAAAGGAGAGUGCCAAUUGGUUUGA